AUGCCGUCACAGUUUCCUGCCCCUGAGGCAACUCUUCGCUACAGCUUUCUUGAUGACUACAGCGAAGGAGCUCAUCCGGUAGUCUUGAAAGCCAUACUCUCCAGCAACACAACCCAAGAAGUCGGAUACGGCGGCGACACAUUUUGCGCUCUCGCACGGCAACGGAUCCGCCGGCACCUGGGCCGCGAGGAUGUAGGAAUUUUCUUCGUGCCCAGCGGCACAUCAGCCAACGCCAUUUCCAUCGCAGCAUGUCUACGACCUCACGAAGCCGUCAUAGCCGCAAGCUCCGGACAUAUUGUCACGAGAGAGACCGGUGCCGUGGAAGCCAGCGGACACAAGAUCAUCAACGUCGCGCCACUCGAUGGAAAGCUGACCCCUCAGAGCAUCCAACGCGCCAUGGACGAUAAUUGGCAUUUCCCGCACAUGGCCAAGCCGAGGUUGGUGUACAUCUCGAACGCGACGGAGAUUGGGACGAUAUACACGCGGGCAGAGCUUGCCGCAAUCAAACAAGUCUGCGAACAGAACCAGCUUAUACUAUUCCUUGACGGAGCCCGCAUCGGGACAGCAUUGGCCUCAAAAUCAAACGACAUGACGCUCCAAGACGUACUAGAGUUGACAGACAUUUUCUGGAUCGGCGGCACCAAGAACGGCGCCCUUCUUGGAGAAGCCGUGGUAGUCAAGGACGCCCGUCUGGCGACCGAGUAUGAAUUUUACGUUAAGCAACAUGGCUCCCUGCUCGCCAAAAGCCGCAUCAUGGGCGCGCAGUUCGCAGAGCUCUUUAAGGAUGACCUCUACUUCGACUUGGCCCGGCAGGCCAACCUGUGCGCCGAGACGUUAUCCAGCGGUGUCGCCGCUGCUGGGUUCUCGGUGUACGCUGUCACGGAGACAAAUCAGGUGUUUGCAGUGCUGCCUGUCGGUUUGAUAAAGUUACUGCAAGAGCACUUCACUUUCUACGUCUGGGAGAAGCGCGGCGACGAUGAGGCCGUUGUGAGGCUGCUCACCACGUGGGCAACAGAGACAACAGAGGUGGAGAAAUUUAUCCGUUUGGUUCAGGGCUGGGGCAAAUAA